GGGACUCUUGCAGCUCCGCGUAGACUUCAGCACGAGAUGUCGCCCACUUCGAGAACGACCACUGUGCACAGCUAAACCACACUUGUGGCUGUGCACAUCGCGAAGCUCCAACCACUUUCACCCCCACAUACGCAAUCCGCACCAAUUCGUAGACGGGCAGCGCUCGACACAAAGCGUACCGAGACAUACCUCCAAAUCACCCCGCCCAGGAAGCGAACAGACUCCCUUCGACUCAGCAGCAUGUCUCUCAUAAAUUGGCGGACCAUCAACAUCGACGCCCUCGAUCCGGACUCGCCCGCCAACUUCGACCUCAGCACACUCGCUCCCGGCGUAACCCCAGUAUCUACAGCGGAUGUACAGUCAAUAGGGCAGCAAGUACGGCAGCUUCUCCGCGGCGGCGACAGCGAGGGAGCCCUGAGAGGCGCGCUAGAGACCGCACCGUAUGGUGCUGACGACAAAGGCAAGGAAAUCCACCUGCAGACCGUCCUCGAGACGCUCCAAGGCAUCCGCGCCGCGGAGAUGACGCCCCUCCUGCAGCGCAUCUACGCCUCCGAAGGCGGGCCCGAGGUCCUCGACACGUUGAUGAAGUACCUGUACAAGGGGAUGAGCACGGCCGGCGCGCACGCCGCCUCGAGCAAGGGCUUGUCGCCCAACCCGACGGGAUUCAGCCAGAUGGCCGGCCGCAGCUUUGGCGGCGCCGAGGGCGGCGGCCAGAUGAUGAGCGUCCUGCUGAGCUGGCACGAGAAGGUCGUCGAGGUCGCCGGCGUCGGCAGCGUGAUCCGCGUCAUGACGGACCGCCGGACGGUGUGAGCGUUGCGCACGAAGACGGCCUUGACGACGAUCAGAACGAGCGGUGCGGGAGGGAUGUAGGACUCGCGCUCGCCGUCGCUGCUGCUCCAGGUGCGUCACACGUUCGCCUCCGCGCGGCCAAUCUCCGCGCUUGCACAAUGUUGAAAGUAACGCGAAAAGAAAGUUGAACGGGAAGACGGAAUCGCGAACAGGCCCUCGAAGCCAUCGUCGAGGCAUGCAUGUAUGAAGAUCGGGGUGAAAAUAAAUUAUUUUUUUUUCUUUCACCAACAGUAGUUAUCGGACUUUAGAAAUGCUAUAAACAAUCACGGCUAAAAACUGCCUCCGUUCUAAAUA